CUCUGCACUGGUCCAGCGGCAUCGUUGCAACUCUCGGCUUUAGGUCCUGAGGCAAAACAACUCCGCUUGCUUUCUCCUCAUUGCCCACCUGCGGGAGGGAGCUAGGUUGUUCGGAUUCCGCGGUAUAAGCUAUAGCUCCAUAUUUACUUUUCCUCUUGAGCUUGUUGUUGUCCACCUCUCUUCACUGCUUCACGAACCCAUCCAUCUACAUAUUUGCAGACUUGGAUGGUUGACACUACCUUUAUUUUGUAGCUGUCGUCAUUUCCAACAAGAAUAAAAAAAGAAUACAUUUUUGUCAUUACCACUCAUUAGAAUUUCCGUAGUAGUCUCGGGAAUUCUCCAGACAUUGCAACUCUACAUAACUUCACACAGGGAUCCCCACCAUCGAACAAGACAACAGCACAUCGCCCACCAUGGCUUCCACAGAGUCCAUACUCCAGGGCGUCAACGUCCUGGGCACGGUCAAUGAGUCCCAGCGCAAGAUUCUGACACCGCAUGCCCUGGCGUUCCUCGCAUUGCUUCACCGCUCCUUCAAUGAGCGCCGCAAGCAGCUGUUGGAGCGCCGGAAGCUACGCCAGGCUGAGAUCGACAAGGGUGUUCUCCCAGACUUCUUGCCCGAGACCAGGCAUAUUCGAGAGAACUCGACCUGGAAGGGAGCUGCGCCAGCGCCGGGCCUGGUUGAUCGCCGUGUCGAGAUCACAGGCCCGACGGACCGGAAGAUGGUCGUCAACGCGCUCAACUCAGAUGUGUGGACGUACAUGGCUGACUUUGAGGACUCCAGCGCCCCUACAUGGGACAAUAUGAUCAACGGACAAGUGAACUUGUACGACGCCGUUCGUCGGCAGGUCGACUUCAAGCAGGGCAGUAAGGAGUACAAGCUGCGGACUGACAGGACUUUACCAACGCUUAUCGUGAGGCCCCGUGGGUGGCACCUCGAGGAAAAGCAUGUGACGGUCGAUGGGGAGCCCAUCAGUGGAUCGCUUUUCGACUUUGGGCUUUACUUUUUCCACAACGCACAUGAGGCAGUUAAGCGCGGCUUCGGUCCAUACUUCUACCUGCCAAAGAUGGAGUCACACCUGGAGGCUCGGCUGUGGAACGAUGCUUUCAACCUCGGUCAGGACUACAUUGGCAUGUCCCGUGGUACGAUCCGUGGCACAGUGCUUAUCGAGACGAUCCUGGCUGCAUUCGAGAUGGACGAGAUCAUCUACGAGUUGCGCGACCACAGCUCCGGUCUCAACUGCGGCCGAUGGGACUACAUCUUUAGCACCAUCAAGAAGUUCCGCCAGCACCCCAACUUUGUACUGCCGGAUCGCUCGGCUGUCACCAUGACGGUGCCUUUCAUGGACGCCUAUGUCAAGCUGCUGAUUCAGACUUGCCACAAGCGCGGCGUUCACGCCAUGGGUGGCAUGGCGGCCCAGAUCCCCAUCAAGGACGACAAGGAGGCUAACGACCGCGCCAUGGAUGGUGUUCGGGCUGAUAAGCUGCGCGAGGUACGCGCGGGCCACGACGGCACUUGGGUUGCCCACCCUGCCCUUGCGGGCAUCGCAUCAGACAUCUUCAACAAGCACAUGCCAACGCCCAACCAGCUGUUUGUGCGGCGCGAGGACGUACAGAUCACAGCCAUGGAUCUUCUUAACAUGAAUGUGCCGGGCAAAAUCACCGAGGAUGGAAUUCGGAAAAACCUGUACAUUGGCCUCGGUUACAUGGAGGCCUGGAUCCGAGGCGUCGGCUGUGUACCCAUCAACUAUUUGAUGGAGGACGCCGCGACUGCCGAGGUAUCCCGCAGCCAGUUGUGGCAGUGGGUCAAACAUGGCGUGAGCACCGCAGAGGGCAAGAAGGUUGACAAGUCAUAUGCGCUCCGCCUCUUGCGUGAGGAGGCAGACAAGAUGGCCAAGUCAUUACCUGCCGGCAACAAGAUGCAGCUGGCUUCAAAGUACUUUGCCACCCAGGUUACUGGCGAGGACUAUGCCGACUUUUUGACAACGCUUUUGUAUAACGAAAUCACGACACCCGGAAGUGCCAGGCCCGCUUCGAAACUGUAAUUUUAUCAACUGCUUUUUCUUCUUCUCCUAGCUGGGAAGGAAAGGAUUUCAGGCUUGGGAUUUAUUUUUGUGAUGUAUGAAAGAUUUAUCCGUAUGAUGUUUUGAAUCAAGAAUCAAGAAUCAACUAAAAAGAACGAAGACUUUUUGUCUGGAAUAUUCCAAACUGCGCGCACAUUGAAAAGGCAUUUGUACAAACGCAGUAUAGAGAAUGAUUCUCCUCAAGACAGGUAGUGUAUUUUGGUAUUUGCCAAGAUUUAGCGUCACAGAAACCACACGUGUUACUAUACGCUCAAGAUAGUAAGCGAGCCAGCAAGUAGGAAUUGAAUUAAAGCUUUCGACUAUACCGUAAGCAUAAAUUGCAG